CUCGGAUCUCACUUUUGCGACAUUCUAGAUGAAUUAGAAGGACUCGGAGCCUUGCCACUUCUGUUUCAUUGGGACUUAAUCGGAUCUAUUCUACGCAGCAGAGAGGCAAAGCAAGAAGAGCAGACAUUUUACCUACUCAGCAUCACCACCAUUCACCGAGGUUCAACAACUCCCAACUCUCUAAUCACUUUACUCCCCCUAGAGUUGUUGGGAACAUGAAGAAAGGAAUACACCCACAGAUGCAAUGGAUCUCUUACGUGACACAGAGCGGUAGAUUGAUGCACGUCAUGAUGACUAGAAUCCACCAUGUUGGCAAAGUCUAUCACUUUGGUGCUAAGCGUCAGCUGGCUCAAAGCAUUGGUCAGAUUGCCAAGUUCAAGCGCAGGUUUAACGAACAAGAGGAAGAAGCUACACAUGAGAACAACAACAUCCAGAACCAGAACAAGUAAACUGUAACUCCAACUCCUGUGUUGUUCUCUCCCUUAACCUUUCCUCAAAAACCAAAGGCUUUAGACAUUUCAUUUACACAAGGCAAUUUUAAACCUUGCUUCUCAUGAUUGAUUCUCAUGAUUGAUUCUCACUUUAUCUUGAGUCGCACUGUUUCAUCAAUAAAAAAUCCUGUCUUAAACUCUUACUGGCCAUGUGUAUUCUUUGAAAUAUGGAACGUGUUUAGUAUCAUCAGUUAAGAUGGAAUCAUUUCACUGCUCUUUUUUUUUUUCAUAUGUCGAUUCAAACUACCAAUGUAUCAUUUCAACAUAGGUUUGAUAAGGAAAUUACAAUGUAGUUCAGACAGAGCUAACCUGACAUAACUAGUGUGGUCCAUGUUUCUAGUAAGUGGGGAAGUUGGGGUUGACAUCUGCUGCCCAAGCUUCAAGUCCUCCAGUUAUAUCUUUGGCUGAAUCAAAACCCCAAUCACGAAGAUACUGAACAGCUCUCUGUGAAUCAUUUCCUCGCCUGCACACCACGUAGAGGCUCGGAUUAGCAUUUGCCUCUUGUUUUUCUUUCAGAGCUGAAGUAAGCUCAUCUAACCGAGCCUCUAAAUUUG